AUGGCGGGGGCGGCGCGGCUGUGGCGGCUGCGGGCGGGCGCGGGGCUGUGGCCGCUGCCGGGCCCGGCCGUGCGGGGCUGGGUGGUGCUGCCCGCAUCCCGCAGCCGCCCGCUGUCAGAGCUGCCGCCGGGCCGCGGGCCGCGGGCGGGCGCGCAGAAGCGGCUCGUGUCGUGGCGGUCGCUGGCGGCCACCGUGGUGCUGGGCGGGGGGCUGCUGGCCGGCAUGAAGCUGAUGAAGCGGCAGAAGGAGGAGAAGCUGGAAAAGGAACGAAACCGAGGCAUUGGGAAGCCGCUCCUGGGAGGGCCCUUCUCCCUCGUCAGCCACGAGGGACAGCCCAGGACCAGCAAGGACUACAUUGGCCAGUGGGUGCUGAUCUACUUUGGCUUCACUCACUGCCCUGACAUCUGCCCUGAUGAGCUGGAGAAAAUGAUUGCAGUGGUAGAUGAAAUUGAUCGAAUUCCAUCUUUGCCUAAUCUGACCCCACUCUUCAUCACCAUCGAUCCUGAGAGGGACAACCAAGAAGCCAUUGCCAGAUAUGUUAAAGAAUUUUCUCCCAAGCUGGUGGGAUUGACUGGUAGCAAGGCACAGAUUGACCAAGUGGCUAAAGCGUACCGUGUGUACUACAGCGAAGGGCCCAAGGAUGAGGACAACGAUUACAUAGUGGAUCACACAAUAAUCAUGUACCUCCUCGGCCCCGAUGGUGACUUUGUGGACUACUAUGGCCAGAGUAAGAAGAGUACUGAGAUUUCAUCUUCUAUUGCUGCACACAUGAGAAAAUACAGAUCCUAAAACAGAAGGUCCUCAAAGAUUGCUGUGAAUGUCACCUGUGGGUUUGGCUGUGAUUGGACACUGGAGUUAAAACAGAAGCACACAAGUGUAACAUCCCAUCAAGCCGGUCUCCUUCCAAAUAAGAAAGGUUAUCCAUGUUUCUGCAAAUUCCCAUUACCAAAAAUCUCUACAGAGCCUUCCCCAUGGAUACAAUUUUCAACAAGAUCUUGGGUACAGAAUAAAAUUUGGGACUUGUCUGAAACAGUGCUGGGAGCAAAGGAUGGAAAGCACUUUUUACUUGAAAAGAACGUGUGUGUUGCUGGGAAAAUACUGCUGGUAAAAAAAAAUUGCUGGUCUGGCAAGGACAGCAGCCACUGCAGGAGCAUUGCUUGAUGCAAAGCCAUUACUGGAUGGGGCCAUGGCAUUCUCAGAGGAGCUCUGCCCUCUGGUUUCUCUGCACUGUUUUGCCUUCUAGGAGAGGCAGCUGCACUAUUAGAAGCAGGGGAGCCUUAAGAGUGCUUCUUUAUCCAGGUUAAGAAGGUGAAGAGCAUUGAAAGCACCAGCUGCUUCCAUGCAUGGGACCAGCCCUGUAGCAAGCCUGUUCUUUUCAUCUGAAUGCAGAAAUGAGAUGUAUUUUUUUGGUGGUUUUUCCAGGUGAACACUGUUCACUUAUAAGGAGAAGAGAAUUGGGAUGCAAAUAGCUUUUUCUUCUGGUGCAAAUGAUGGUGUGUGUAGUUGCUCUGCUUGUGCUAGGGGAAGUGGGGAGGGUGAAGGGGGCCUGUGUCCAUGCACAGGGCUUGCAAUCAGAUACAUUUUAUGCAGUGCAGCAUUUGAAAAUAAAGAUUGAUUUGUAUA